AGCCGCCGCCGCCGCGCAGCAGGGCGGGCGCGCUGCAGGUAGGCGCGGAGCGGAGAGAAGGGGUUCCCGCAGCCUCUCGGCGCAGGGCGGCGAGGGCCGAGCCGAGGGCUGCGCCGGCGCUCGGAGGUGGCCAGCCCCGCGGCGGAGUUCUUGUGUGCCGGCAGCGUGAAGGAAGGGCGCGCCCGGAGAAGAAAUACAAGUGCAGCUCGGCGGCGGGGAGGGCUGGCUUUCCCCUUGGCAGAGCAGGCGCGUCUUUAGUCGCCCUCUGCUCGCGUCCCUGCAGCGCCCUUCUUCCCUGCGUACCCCUUUCCGCCCGCCACCUGCCGAAAGCACCGCUUGCCGCCGUGCGCAGCCCGCGCCCUCCGCGUCCCGGCGCGCUCCCGGCGGGGCCGGCCUUGCCCCGGGCUGCUCGCCCGCGGGUGCAGCGAGCACCUCAGAGAGCCCCGGGGGCUUCCCCGGCAGGCAGCGGGCAGGAACGGGGCUGCUGACCUGUAUCUGCCCACCCUUUCAUAAGGGCAUCACUGCAGUAUAGUUCACAAACAGAUCUGAUGGUAGGGAGAGGUGGGCUGCCAUCACCCCCAAGACAAGUCUAGUGUUGCUCAGGAUGCCUGUGCAGCUGCAUAAUUAACUGUAUGUCCUGUGGUUUGUGCUGUAGUGCCCGUGGUGAUGGUGCAGAGAGUGCUUUGCCACUCCUUUCCCUUCAGGAGCGGACUAGAGGAUCCUGAGGAGCAUGAAAAUCUGAAAAUAUGGAGCUCUAUACUAGAUUAAUUUGCAUAACCUCUGCACCUUGGUACAAGAGCAAUACAAAACUGAGUGCUCUGAAGAAAAAAUAAAAAAUUGAACAGCAAGGGUUUCUGAUUGCUUAACCUGGCAUAACUGCCCAGAUGGACCAAGGAGAAGAACACAGUCAUGAGGCCUUGGAGGAGAUGCAUGCAGAUGGUGAGCCAGGUCCCCUUCCAGGAGAUCAUGUGAGUGCAGAUCAGCAGGACUUUUUGGCAGCUGUGUCCAGAGGAGAGGAGGGCUCAGGCGGUAGCCAUGCAAGUCAGCACGGUUCCUCAGAGGCACAGAUUGGUGGCUGUGAGAAGGAGGAAGAGAUGGCUAAGCCACCUUGCUCUGAUGGCAGCCUUGUGAAAAGACAGGAGAAAGGGCAAGCAGCAGCCACACGGCGAGCUCCUCGCACAGAGCGGCCCACCAUCUGCUCUGAGUGUGGCAAGGGCUUCAGUCGGAGCAUCCACCUCAUCCAGCACCAGCGCAUGCACACUGGGGAGCGCCCAUUCCUCUGUGGGGAGUGCGGCAAGGGCUUCAGCCAGAGCUCCCAUCUCAUCCAGCACCGGCGGGUCCACACGGGCCAAAAACCCUACACAUGUGCUGAGUGUGGAAAGAGCUUCAGCCAGAGCUCCAACCUCCUUAAGCACCAGCGCAUCCACACUGGGCUCAAACCUUACGUGUGUGGCGAGUGUGGGAAAAUCUUCAGUGACAGUUCCACCUGCAUCAAACAUCAACGUAUGCACACAGGUGAGCGGCCCUACAAGUGUCCAGCCUGUGGGAAAAGCUUCAGCCAACGCUCCCACCUCCUCCAGCACCAGCGAGCACACGAGGGGGUUCGGCCCUAUGCUUGUGAGCAGUGUGGCAAACGUUUUGGGCAGAGCUCUGACCUUAUCAACCACACUCGCACCCACACUGGUGAGAAGCCUUACAAAUGCAGUCAGUGCGGCCGGGGCUUCAGCGGCAACUCCAACCUCAUCAAGCACACCCGCAUCCAUACUGGUGAGCAGCCGUACCGCUGCGGCCAGUGUGGAGAAAGCUUUCGUUUCCAGCCCCAGCUGGUGCGCCACCAGAAGCACCAUACAGAGUAACUGUGGGAGAGGGUGAAGGCUGUGUGGACCCUUAGCAGAUGCCUGGUGCUGGGAAGGCACACAGCUGCUCCCUGGGGCAUGAACAUCGUAUGGGACAUGAAUGUUGAAGGUGGGAGCCCUCAGAGCCUUUCCCCUUCCCAUUCAGUUAAAUCUGCUUGUGAACAUGGCCCAGACACUCAUGCAGGGAGGGAGGCUGCUGCAGAAGGAACUAGUGCACUUUCACUGCUGUGUGGUGGUAGUGUUGAGCUUCUCUUUUGGGGAUGGAGACAAGAAAGGUGCUUAUGGUACAUUUAAGUCCAGAAGGGAGAACAGAAAUGUUCCAAGGAUCAGUGCCUUUUUCUGUUAUUUUUACUGGGGAGUGAUUUUUAUCACUGUAAAAAAAACAUAGCUAAAAUCUAACUGUGUCCUGCACAAGCUGCCGUGGUUUUGCCGUUGUGAUAAAGCCACAGCUUGGGAUGAUGUCUCUCACUUAGAAUCUACAUCUCCCACUUGCUGGUAUUAGUCUUAGGUGGUGUUAGCAUCUAUUUAUUUUAAAACCCCACAAAAAUAUGUUGGGUGUCUCUACAUACCUGUUAUGGACCCACCUGACACUCUGUUGAGACUAUGUCUCUGGAACUGUAUUUUGCUGGGUUAUAUGUUAGUUAAAUUGACAGUUCUACAAAUCCUGCUGCUGUUUGACAACGUAGUCCUCAGCAGCAAUUAUGACAAUUAACAUCCUAAAAGAUACUUCUCUCAAUUCUUUGUUAAGGUGCUUUUGUGGGUAGCACUUUAUGAAUGUUUUUAUAAGGCUUUUAAAAGUAUUUAGGAUGACUUUUUUAAUUGUGAUCUUCUAAUUGUCAGUUGAUGAACAGAAAGAGGAUGUUUGAAAAAUAAGCUAUGCCAAACUUCAAUUUUAUAUUAAAUGUUAAAACAUUUUU